AUGACUAUGCUUCUUAGAAAAAUGUGGAAAAAUCAUUCAAAGCACAAAAAGCUUUGUGAAGAGUGGGCCCUAGCAGAGUGUGAGGGAGAGGGAUGGUGGCGAGAGGCGCGAGAAGGGAGGGGCAGUUGUGAGGUGCGGUACGCGGGUACCGCGCCUGUGGAGAGAGCCGCUUCUGCACCGGCUACUGCGCUUGCUGUACGAUCUGCUUUACAUACUGCGAAGGCUAUGAAUAAGAAGUUGCAGAGGGUGAAUCUGGAUAUCAGCGCUAAAGGCAUACUGGUUUCCGAUGCAGAAUCACAGGAAAACGUCUUCAGUGUAUCUAUUUACGAGAUCUCAUACUGUUCGGCAGACGCGGCAAAUGCCCGUGUCUUUGCCGUGGUUGAGGGCAGAAAUGUUAAUGGAGACGAAACACACCUCGCCCACGUGUUUGUUUGUUCGCGGCGGAAACAAGCGCGCGCCCUGGCUCUGUCUCUCGCGCACUCCUUUAAUGACGCCUACCAGGCUUGGCAAGCGAAUGAAGCUGCUUCCAUGAAGUCGGGAGGCAAACGCCUAGUAACUCCGUGGGUGAAUUUUCCCGACGAAUCUGAGGAAGAAAAUGAAAGCGAGCCGUGGCUUGCUCCUGCUCCGCUCGUCACAUUCGCU